AUGAAGCAGCCGAAGGCCAAGGGGGUAUCCUCGUUGAUAGAGGUGGCGAACCCGAACGCCAAGCCCAAGGCCGGGCGGAUGAUGAAGGCGAAGGAUAUGGAUAUGGCGGCGGCGCCGGUUGAGCUCUCCCGGCGCGAGAGAGAGGCGGUAGAGGCCCAGAGAAAGAAGGACCACUACAUGAAGCUUCAUGCGGAGGGCAAGACUCAAGAGGCGCAGGUGGACAUGGCGCGGCUCGCGCUGGUCCGCAAGAGGCGAGAGGAGGCGGAGGCGCGGAAAGCGGAGGCGGCGGCAGCCGAGGAAGCUUCGGGUAAAGCCAAGAUGGAGAAGGAAGCCAAGGCCAAGGCGGGCAGCGGCGGGCCCCAGAAGCUCAACCCUCUAGAGGUGAAGAAGAUGAACCCGACUCGGCUAAAGGAGCUGCUCAAGGAACGAGACGAGAGCCUGCAUGGCAGCAAGAAGGACCUAAUUGCAAGGCUUUUGGCGUGGGAGAAGACAAACCAGUCUUGAUCUGAAAAAUAGUUUGACGGGGAAAGUGAAAGCCUGGAAGCUCGUGUGUUCUAAAUUGUUCUGAACCUAGGCUUGAAGAGGUUUUUAAGAGGUGGUGCUCGUGUGUCGGGUGUCUGCUCGCUCAGAGAUCGUCCAAUUUUCCGAAAGGCUCUUGCUGUUGCCUGCUCUCUUGUUCGUGUACCCUCUUUGAGGAGGCGUCUGCACUCUAACCGUGGGUCAACACGCCGUUCUCAUUGGUGUCAAACAUGGGCAACCAUGGUCUUCUCCGCGCUUGUUUGUUGUCCGCUGGCUGAUAUGUUUCGAGGUAGCGGGAUAGUGCCCCUCGAGUGAUUGGUCCCGUGAGACGCACGCCGGUAGCAGGGGUUUUCCCCGCUGCGGUUCACGUAUGCUUUGGAUGUCUGGUAGCCGCCGUUCGAGGUUACGUUCAUCGUUUGGGAUGUUGAACAGGAUUGCACGUAGUUGCCAGUGAAGAGAGGGGGGGUGGUGAAGUGGGACAAGAUGUUUGACAUGUUACGUGUUUCCGAGCCGAGCGGACGGAGACUUGGCUGUUGUGUUGUGUUAAUCACGUCUUAAUUGGCCACUACUGCUGUCAGAGAGC